GAGACAAAGAAGUCCGACUCGGGUGGGUACUUCUUUGUAUCCCAGCUCCACCAUGUGUAUGUAGGCCUCCUCGUCUACACCCUGCUGAUGACGGGCAUGUUUCUGUCCCGGGCAUCUAACUACAUCCCUGCGGGCAUCAGCAUCGUGGCGCUGAUCUACGCCGUGGUGUCCUACAGAGCCUUUAUGAAUGACUUCGAGUGGGAGAGUUUGCCUUGGGAGGAGAUCGCACCCGACGCUGAGGGGAAUGACUACGUGCCAGAGGACUCCGGAGAGACCUAUGUGCAACCAGAACUCGCAAAGGAUUUGGCUGAAGUUCUCAGUGGAGGACGGGCCGAGUAA